AUGAAACUUUGGACAUCUCCCUGGGUGUCUUGCCUGGUGAUUCUCAUAUUGUGUUUUGGAUCAGAGUGCGGGACAGUCCGGAGAAAGGGGAGAUCCAAGAGGGAGUUGGUGCGCAUUAGGGAGGCGAAAGCCACCAUCCCAGGGGCUUGUGCCACACGUCUGCCCCGGGGCAAACGCUCUUUGCCCGGCUUGGAGCGACGGGUGCUUCGCCAGCGUCGGCGCUCCUCACAGGCGGAGGAAAACUCUCCAGACCGGGGGAAAGCUGUCUAUUUUACCGGGAGGGGAGAUCAGCUACGACUGAAGCCCGGCGUGGAGAUACCCAGAGGAAAUUUCACUUUGGAGAUGUGGAUCAAACCGGAGGGAGGUCAACGAUCACCCACAGUGAUUGCAGGCCUGUACGACAAAUGUUUCUACGCCUCCAGUGACCGGGGCUGGCUGCUUGGCAUCCAGGCGGUUAGUGAAUACGGAAAUCGUGACCCUCGUUUUUUCUUCUCCCUUAAAACUGACCGUGCCCACAAAGUGACCUCCAUCCACUCCAACGCUCGCUAUGUACCUAACCAAUGGGCACAUGUUGCAGUCACAUAUGAUGGCGUGUACAUGAAGCUCUUUUUCAAUGGCGCCCAAGUGGGUGUCAGUCGGGAACAAUCAGGCGAUGUCUUUAGCCAUUUGACCAAAAAGUGCAAAGUGUUGAUGAUCGGGGGGAAUGCACUGAAUCAUAAUUACAGGGGGGCAGUGGAGAGGGUUGGCCUAUGGAGGCAGGCCCGAGGGCAGAGGCAGAUUGUCAGGCAUAUGCAAGGCCACGAGGACCCCCAAGAUCUACCUCAACUGGUCAUACGUGAAACAUUCGAGCACCCAGGCCGAAAGUGGCUGACUGUAAAAGAUGGUAGCUUCCCUCAGCCUGAGCAGGGGGGAGGUGGGCGGUUAGGGUUUCUGGGUGGUGGUGGAGUUUUAAAUUCUGAGGGGUUAUUGGACACAACGCUGGACCCUCCAUCAUGUGGUCAAACUGUCUGCGACAAUGUUGAGGUCAUCAAAAACUACAACCACCUUUGGACCUUCCGUCGACCCAAGAAAGUAAGAUAUCGUGUCAUAAAUGUUUGGGAUGAUGCUCGGAUAAAGCCAACUGUAUCAGACCACCAGAUAAGCCUGCAGCACCAGCAGCUAAAUGAUGCCUUUAGCCCCUACAACAUCACCUGGGAGCUUAGCAUCCACAACGUGACCAAUUCCUCCCUUCGAAAUCGCUUGAUUCUAGCUAACUGUGACAUCAGCAAAGUCGGCGAUGAUGCAUGUGACCCAGAAUGCAACCAUCCGCUGACGGGGUUUGAUGCAGGUGACUGCAUGUCUGCGCAUCGAAGCCGUUGCCCUGAGCACAAGCAGGGGAAUGGUGUAUGUGACCCUGAAUGUAACUGGGAGAACUUCUUCUAUGAUCUUGGGGACUGCUGUAACCCCAAUGUGACGGAUGUGACCAAGACAUGCUUCAACCGUUCGUCUCCACACAAAGCCUAUUUGGAUGUUAAAGAGCUGAAAGAGAUUCUACAUUUGGAUGGCUCAACUCACCUGAAUGUCUUCUUUGCCAAUUCUUCUGAUGAAGAUCUGGCGGGGGUGGCCACUUGGCCAUGGGACAAAGAGGCCCUCACUCAUUUGGGUGGAAUUGUUCUGAACCCUUCCUUCUAUGGUACAUUUGGUCACACUGACACAAUGGUCCAUGAGAUCGGUCACAGUCUUGGACUUUAUCACGUGUUUCGAGGUAUAUCAGAGAUCGAGUCUUGUAACGAUGCAUGUUUGGAGACUGACCCCUCGAUGGAAACUGGAGAUCUGUGUGCGGACACCAACCCCACCCCCAAAUACAAAGGCUGCCAUGAUCCUGAACCUGGCAACGAAACCUGUGGCUGUCGGCAUUUCACACACACGCCGUUUAACAACUACAUGAGCUAUGCAGAUGAUGCCUGUACAGACUCCUUCACGCUGAACCAGGUUGCUAGGAUGCACUGCUACCUGGACCUCAUCUACCAGACCUGGCAACCCGCGUCCAAACCUCCUCCAGUGCCAAUGUCCCCUCAAGUGGUUGAGCAGCAUCACAAUUCCAUCACCCUGGAAUGGUUUCCACCGAUUUCUGGACACUUUUAUAACAGAGAAUUGGGAUCAGUGUGUGAUAAAUGCACUGAGGGUAGAGUUCUACUGCAGUAUGCCUCCAACUCCUCCUCCCCUCGACCGUGUGCCCCUUCUGGACACUGGUCCCCACGAGAGGCUGAAGGCCCUCCAGAUGUGGAGCAGGCUUGCGAGCCAAGUGUGCGCACUUGGAGCCCAAAUGCAGGAAUCGAGCAAGGUGUUGUCGGACUGUCGGAGUGCCCUCUCCAGGGCUGCAUGCUUCAGCUAGAGUUCCCCUACCCGCUGGUACCAGACUCCCUGACUGUGUGGGUCACCUUCUUCAGCCCAGAGGAAACGGCACUGCCAGCUAUCCAUAACAUUUUGCUACUGACUGUCAGUGGAAACAACAUUUCAUUGGGCCCCAGUAAUGUCUUCUGUGACACCCCACUGACCCUGAAACUAGACAUAGAGGAAGAAGUGUAUGGGGUACAGUUUUUCACCAUGGAACAACACCUAGAGAUUGAUGCCACCCUCUUGGCAUCCAAACCAGACUGCAUGCAUUGUAGGCAUUGCCAACCACUACGCUACCGCCUGUUGCGUCAACCACCCUUCACCCAUGCACAACAUGGUCUGAUGUUAAAUGAACCUACCCGCCGAUAUACAGACAGGGAUGUGGCCCAACAUGUUGAGUACACUUACCGGGUCCAAACCAUCUCCGGCCGGAGUGAGAGUGAGCCCUCCCCACCUCUGAUACAUGAACUGGGGGCACCCUACUGCGGCGAUGGACGCAUCCAGGGUUCCAAAGGAGAGGAAUGUGAUGAUAUGAACUCUAUGAAUGGGGACGGCUGCUCCUGUCAGUGCAAGAAAGAGCCCUUCUUCAACUGUGUUGAAGAGCCAAGCCUGUGUUACUACUAUGAUGGCGAUGGGGUGUGUGAGGACUUCGAGCAGGAGACAGGUGUGAGAGACUGUGGCCUCUACACUCCCAAUGGUUUCCUGGACCAGUGGGCCUCCAAUGUCGAAGUUUCCCAUGAGGAGAAGCCCUACUGCUCUGGUGAGGUGACUGCUGGAUACCCUGCUGUUACAAAGACAUGUCAGUCCAAGGUGUUUGAUCUAUCAGAUGGAGUGUCCCAGUAUGCAUGGUUCCCCUGUCGUGAGGCUCAUAAGUCAACCUGGGGAUAUCCUAACUAUUGGCUCAAGGCCCACUUUUCUCAUCCCAUGGUGGCAGCAGCAGUGAUUAUACAUCUGGCUGCUGAUGGGACUGGUUACCUUGACCAGACACAGUGUAACAUCACUGUUCAGCUGGUGGACACCAAGGAGGGCAUCCAUAGCUUAGGUGAGUGGCGUCUCAGCUGCCGCACCAACCCUUUGGUGAUCCCAGUGAGCCAUGACCUGUCAGUGGCCUUCUACCACACCAAGGCUAUCCUGGUCAUGUUCGCCUCUCGCCUGGUGGCCAUCUCCGGAGUAGGCCUGCGCUCCUUCCAGUCCUUCGACCCCAUCACGAUAAGUGGUUGCCAGAGCAAUGAGAUCUACAACCCCACAGGCCAGAGUUGUGUACAUUAUUCGUGUGAAGCCAUUGACUGCCAGGAACCAUUAAUCCGCAAUGCAGAGCUAAAGUGCAGUAGCCCUGGCCGCCACUUCUACAAUGGAGACCGCUGCACCAUCUACUGCAACUCUGGAUAUGUCCUGCAAAUCCACCAGGAUGAUGACAUCAUCAAGAGUCAGUCGGACACUGCAGUGACUAUGACCUGUGCAAAUGGGAAGUGGAACAAACAGGUGUCAUGUGAGCCUGUGGACUGUGGUCUACCAGACAAAUACCAUGUCCAUCCGGCCCAUUUCGACUUCCCUGAGGGCACCACCUACGGCAGGAAAAGCACCUUUCAGUGCCGAGAACCUGCCCAGCUCGUAGGUACAAACAACACUCUUACCUGUCUAGAAGAUGGUCUCUGGUCCUUCCCGGAGGCUCUUUGUGAACUUCGCUGCCCAGCCCCUCCUCCUGUACCCAAUGCUGUGCUGCAGACCAAGCGCUGCAACGAAACCGGCCUCAAAGUGGGAACGCUCUGCAAGUACAAGUGCAAGCCAGGCUACCAUGUCAGCAACAAACCUAAGAGGCGUGCAUUUAAGCGCCAGUGCACAGAGGAUGGCAGCUGGCUAGAGGGAGCAUGUGAGCCAGUGACUUGUGAUCCCCCACCUCCCAUCUUCCACGGAUCCUAUCACUGUACUGAUGGCUUCCGCUUUGACAGCGUCUGCAGACUCAACUGCUCUGAUCCUGCCGGUAAUACUGCUAUUGCCGCCACAGGAGGCUCUGCCCAUACGGUGAGGCUGCUGCACGCUCCAUGCAAGCAGGGUGCAGGGUCCAAUGUGAUCCGUUGUAGGAAAGAUGGAAACUGGACAGGGUCGUUCCGCCUAUGCCCACACAGCAAAGGCCAGUGUUCUUUACCUCAAAACCUCCAUUAUAGCCUACAGUACUCAUGCAAACGAGGACACGGCAUAGGUGAGGAGUGUGAGCUGACGUGCAGAGAGGGUAACAACGAUGUGGUGAUCCUCCCUAGCAACAUGACAGUAGAAAAUGUACUUAUAGAACAUUGGAGGAACCCGCACAAAGUCAAAAGUAUAGUCUGUACAAUGGGACUGAAAUGGUAUCCACACCCAGAAUUGCUCCACUGCAUCAAAGGAUGUGAGCCAUUCAUGGGAGACAACUACUGUGAUUCAAUCAACAACAGAGCCUUCUGUAACUAUGACGGAGGAGACUGCUGCCAAUCCACUGUCAAGACCAAGAAGGUGAUUCCAUUCCCCAUGUCCUGUGACAUACGGGAUGAGUGCUCCUGUCGGGAUCUGAAUGCUAUAGAAAACAGAAAGGAUGAACACGUCCAUUCCCUCGGGUGA